UGCAUUUGUACGGCCAGAAGGACGAAAAACAACAAAUUCAUGAUGUCGGUGCAACUUUAAAAGAUAUUACUCUUUUACAAAAGCAAAAUGAAGCUGUCGUCUUCUUCCAGGUCCUCUGAAUGACUCGGAUCCACUCGGGCGAUGGAGGUCACACCUUUGCAGGCUCCUCCUCCUCCUGCGGCCCGCCACCAGCGUGAUGAUGUCGCUCGGCGCCACGACGGUGUCACGUGUUCGCACCUUCACCCUGACGUCAUCACGCCAAGGUGGCAUGUUUGUGGUGGUCGUGUCCCCAAGAUGCAGGAAGGAACGGCAGGGAGCAGCGUGCAGCACUUGGUCCCCCCUGUCCCCUGCAGCAUGGCCGAAGACUCCAUGGAAAUAGACGACUCUCUUUACAGCCGCCAGCGUUAUGUGUUGGGAGACAGCGCCAUGCACCAGAUGGCCCAAUCGGCGGUGUUCCUCAGUGGAUUGGGAGGGCUGGGUAUAGAGAUUGCAAAGAAUAUUGUCCUUGCCGGUGUGAAGGCAGUCACCCUUCACGACACAAAGGAAUGUCAAACUUGGGAUCUGGGUUCCAACUUCUUCAUCCUCAAAGACGACGUGUCGAACCAGCGGAAAAGGGCAGAGGCCGUUUGUCCUCGAGUUGCAGAGUUGAACCCUCACGUCCAUGUUGACAUGUCCGUCUCCCCUCUGGACGACAACACGGAUCUCAGCUUUUUCCAAAAGUAUCAGUGUGUGAUCCUGACGGAAGCCAGAUUGAGCCUUCAGAAGAGAGUGAAUGACUUCUGCCACUCACAGAGUCCUCCUAUCAGAUUCAUUGGCUGUGACACAUACGGCAUCUGUGUGCGGGUCUUCUGUGACUUCGGAGAAGAGUUUGAAGUGUCCGAUCACACUGGGGAAGAACCCAGGGAGAUUUUCAUCCAAAGCAUCACUCUGGCGAACCCCGGCGUCGUAACCUGCCUGGACAACCAACCUCACGGACUUCAGACAGGCCAGAGUGUUGUCUUCAGAGAGGUCCAUGGCAUGGUGGAGCUCAAUGGCACUGCAAGACCCGUUACAGUCCUUUCCCCGCACAGUUUUACCAUCGGAGACACAUCCCAACUACAAGCAUAUGCACAUGGCGGUUUCUUUGUCCUCCAGAAAACCCCAAAGAUGUUCAAAUUUGAAACGAUGGCGAAACAGUUGUUGGAUCCUCAGGUCUUGACUCCAGACUUCAGUAAACCACAGGCCCCACUGCAGAUCCAUGCAGCCAUGUUGGCUCUGGACACCUUCCAGGAGCAGCUCAAUAGACUUCCCAACACUGGCUGCUUACAGGAUGCCGACCUUCUACUGAAGCUAACAGAGGAAGUGAAUGCAACACUCAGGAACAAGGCUCCCAUGGAUGCCGAAUUGGUGCAGUGGCUGUCCAGGACGGCCAGAGGAACCCUUCCUCCAUUAGCGGCAGCUGUUGGAGGGCUCGCCAGCCAGGAGGUUCUUAAGGCUAUUACAGGAAAGUUUGCGCCGCUACAGCAAUGGUUUUAUCUGGAUGCUAUCGAGGUAGUGAAGCCUCUCCGGACCCUGCCUGCUGAUGAGUUUCUUCCUCGUGGAGACCGCUAUGAUGGACUGCGAGCUUGUAUCGGGGAAUCACUUUGCGAAAAGCUGCAUAAACUCAGGGUUUUUAUGGUUGGCUGCGGUGCCAUAGGCUGUGAAAUGCUGAAAAACUUUGCCCUGCUCGGAGUGGGAUUGACCAAGAGUUUAGGAGAGGUGUGCAUCACAGAUCCAGACCUCAUUGAAAAGUCUAACCUGAAUAGACAGUUCCUCUUCAGACCACAACAUAUUCAGAAACCAAAGAGUACAACAGCAGCAGAAGCCACCCUGAAAAUCAACCCGGAACUGCAGGUGGACGCUCAUCUCAACAAGGUGUGUCCGGCUACGGAGGACAUCUACAGUGACUCUUUCUACUCCCGGCUCAACCUGGUGGUCACCGCGCUGGACAAUGUGGAGGCCCGCAGAUACGUGGACAGCCGCUGUCUUUCCAACCAGAGAGCUCUCCUGGACUCUGGGACCAUGGGCACCAAAGGACACACAGAGAUAAUUGUGCCAAAUUUGACAGAGUCCUACAAUAGCCACCGGGACCCGCCAGAGGAGGAGAUCCCAUUCUGCACCCUAAAGUCCUUCCCAUCGGUCAUAGAACACACCAUCCAGUGGGCCAGGGACAAGUUUGAGAACGCCUUUGUCCAGAAGCCCUCCAUGUACAACUCCUUCUGGCAGACCCACACAUCGGCUGAAUUGGUGCUGCAGAAGAUGCAAGCGGGGGACAGUUUGGAGGGGUCAUUCCAAGUCAUUAAACUGCUGAACAGGCGGCCCCACCAUUGGCAACAGUGCAUUGUCUUGGCUAGGCUCAAAUUUGAAAAGUAUUUCAAGAGAAAGGCUUUGCAGCUUCUGCGCUCUUUCCCUCUGGACACCAGGCUAAAAGAUGGAAGUUUGUUUUGGCAGUCCCCCAAAAGGCCACCAGCCCCCAUUGAAUUUGACCUAAAAGACCCGAUGCACUUCAGCUUUAUCGUCAGCACCGCCCGACUCUUUGCUGGCAUUUACAACAUUCCUUACUCGGAUAGGGAUCUUUGUGAGGAGGCUGUGGGGAGAAUUCUAUCCAUUGUUAAGAUCCCAGAGUACCUGCCCUUGGUCAAAUCCAUAGAGACCGACGAGGCUGCUAAGAAGCCUGAUCAGUUGAAGAUGCCUCUAAGUAGUGAGGAGGAGAGGGAGGCCAUCAGGCAGCUGCAGCAGGCCAUUACUGGCGACGGCGCCAAGCCAGAGAUGUUACGGAUGACGGCGCUGGAGUUCGAGAAGGACGACGACAGCAACGGCCACGUGGACUUCGUCACGUCGGCGUCCGCCCUCAGGGCCAACAUGUACUCCAUCGAGCCCGCCGACCGCUUCAAGACCAAACGCAUCGCCGGCAAGAUCAUCCCCGCCAUCGCCACGGCAACGGCCGGCGUGGCGGGACUGGUGGCGCUGGAGCUGAUCAAGAUCGCUGGAGGCUACGGCUUUGAGUCUUUGAAGAACUGCUUUUUCAACUUGGCCCUUCCUGUGGUGGUGUUUACUGAGCCUGCUCCCGUUAAGCGGACACUCAUCAGAGACGACAUUUACUUCUCCAUCUGGGACUGCUGGACCAUCACCGGCCACCAGGACUUCACCCUGUCAGACUUCAUAAAUGCAGUCAGGGAGAAGUACGGAAUUGAACCCACGAUGGUGGUCCAUGGUGUGAAGAUGAUCUUCGUGCCGGUUAUACCAGGACACACCAAGAGACUUAAACUGACAAUGCAAAAACUGAUCAAGCCGGCAGCGGGUCGCCAAUACGUGGACCUCACCGUGUCCUUCGCUCCCGAGAACGACACGGACGACGAUCUCCCCGGUCCUCCUGUCAGGUACUACUUCUCCCACCAUGGACACACCCCCUGACAUCUCCUCCUCAUGGACACCAAUGUCACAUACAUGUACUGUACUGCUGGAACCACCCGGACGUGGUCCCAACACACACACACACACACACACGUCCAGUUUGCUUUGCGGGGCCAGAGCAACAUGCGACUUCCUGGGUAGUGUAAAGUGCACGUGUGUGUGCACGUGUUCUCUGCUGAUGAUGAAUUGUACUUCUCCACCCGUGCUGAUGCCUUAAUUGCCAUCAUUACAAGCCUUUUCCUUGGUGGCACUGUGACUCUAACAAGUGUGACUUUGACUCCCAGUGACACUCCACCAUGGUUUGAUUCAUUACAACUGGCACUUAUCAACCGUCAUGUUUUCAUUUGAGCACCAGAGCUCAACUUUUCUCCUUUCCCUUCGUGCCAAAUGUCUGUGUGUUGUGUACAUGAUGAUCAGUCCUGUGGAAUACUUUGUGUAUCUUGGAGAGAAAAAACGAUAUUUCUACGGAAUCAUGAUCGCAGCAAAAUCAUUUGCAAAUGCGUUUAAUCCAUUUCAUGUGUUGUUGAACUAAAGUGUGUCUGUAUUUCAAUGUGUGUUGUCUGUCCGUAUUAGGAUUUGUCUGAGGAAUAAAAUGAUCUUCUCUGUCCGUAUUUCCUCUGUUGUCUUUUUGCAGUGAGAGAAUUGUGUGUACGUGUAAAGCAAUCUGUGUCCAAGAGUUGUGUGUACGUAAACAAAUGUGUGUCUGUAAUCAGAUUUGGGUGAAGCAGGAACCCUGACUAACUGUUUACACAUGGCAUUUUGCUACCUAUCUGCUGUUAGAGUUGUGUACGUGUAUUCAGACGUGUGUAUGUGUAGUCAGAUUUAUGUGAAACAGAAACCCUGAUUGUCUGUCUGUUAACACCUGAUUUUUGCUAAGUUUUCUGCCUUGAAAUAAUUGUUUGUAUUUAGAUGUGUGUAUGUGUAAAACAAUUUGUGUGUGCAUGUGUAAAGCAAUUUAUGUCUUAAGUUGUGUGCGCGUAUGAAAAUGUGUGUCUGUAAUCAGAUUUGGGUGAAGCGGGAACCCUGAUUAACUGUUUACACAUGACAUGUUGCUACCUUUCUGCCGUUAAGUUGUGUACAUGUAUUCAGAUGUGUGUAUGUGUAGUCAGAUUUAUGUGAAACAGAAUCUGACUGUCUGUCUGUUAACACCUGAUUUUUGCUAAGUUUCUGCCUUGAAAUAAUUGUUUGUAUUUAGAUGUGUGUAUGUGUAAAGCAAUUUGUGUGUAUGUGUAAAGCAAUUUGUGUCUUAAAUUGUGUGCGCGUAUGAAAAUGUGUGUGUAUGAAAAUGUGUGUGUCUGUAAUCAGAUUUGGGUGAAACAGGAACCCUGGUUAACUGUUUACACAUGACAUGUUGCUACCUUUCUGCCGUUAGAGUUGUGUACGUGUAUUCAGAUGUGUGUAUGUGUAGUCAGAUUUAUGUGAAACAGAAACCCUGAUUGUCUGUCUGCUAACACCUAAUUUUUGCUAAGUUUCUGCCUUGAAAGAAUUGUUUGUAUUUAGAUGUGUGUAUGUGUAAAGCAA